GUAUUUUUUGUUUAUAGUUGCACCUUCUUUGAUUAUCAUCGCAUUUAGAAAAACAAAGAUAAAGAUAUGGAAAAUGAAGGGAAUGAAGAAAUAUUCUCAAUUGAAGAUUCAUCAAUGGAGGAGAAAGAAUCUAUGAAAGCAUCAAAUUCCUUCAAUCAAGAAGAUCUCCUUAAAGCACUUGAAGUUGUAGAGAGAGAUUCUUUCGCCAUUGCUGAGAGCUACACCUCUCUCUUUGCUUCUCUUCGAUUAGCACUCUCCGAGGUUACCAAUACUUCAGUUGAUCAUAUACAAUGCUUCAGUGAUGCUGCUGGAAAGCUUCAAGAAUCUGCUAUUGAUGCAGCAACAAGAGGCAAUCGCUUUAUACAUUCAUGUAUUAGGUUAAACGAGGAGAUGAAAGACAUUGAUAACUUAGCUGCCCAUUUAGGAAUGUAGAUGCUUUAGACGCAGCUGUCAGCCGACUUGUCCGAAUCACUUGAUCUGCCCCUUUUCGUCAUUCUGAUGACUCAUUCGGGUCCCGGAAGCUGGACCAUAAAAUGCCCUCUACGUAUAGAUUUUGGUACUAAACUAUCUGUAAUUAGAUCAUUUUGCCAAUAAAAAAUUGAUGUUUUUUUGUUUGUCUAUCGUGUAUUAUAACAUUUGGUUUCUUCGGCGGAAUUCUCUCUGUUCAACUUAUGAACUAACUUGUAUGUUACUGUUGUACGGGAAUGUUUCGGAUGCUGGUCGGUUUCAACUCCUGUUAAAAGAUGGAUUUAUAUCUGACGAAUCAAGAUCCAACGUCUUUCGAAAUCUCUCGAAAGGCAUUAGGGCUAUGUUGAUGUGAAAUGAAGUUUUUGGUUUAUACAAACUUGAAUUAUGUUCUCUUUAGAAUUUGAGAUUUGACUAUCCCAAGAUUUGGGAAUGAGAUUUUUACCCAAAACUGCGGCAACACGUUGAACAUAUAAUGGUGUCCGGUGUCGGUGCCAAUGCCAAUGCCGGUGCCCCUUGGCUCCAGAGAGGAGUCUCAUGAAAGUAAUACUUUGAACUUGCAAAUGUGUGGUCUUUUGAUAAUGGUGCUAAUCUAUUGCAUCACCUUUCGUUUAAAUUGGAGCCUCUUCAAUGGUGAAAACAUGAUGUAAGAUUCAACAUUAAUAGAAGUAUUUCUUUGCCAAUUAAGUUGGUUUGCCUCACAAUUAAGUUGUAAAAUCAAAUUCAAACGGAACUACGUUGCAACAAAACGAGCUGAGUGUAAAGUUUUCCUUUAUUCUCAUCUCGCUCUCAAGGAACAUGCUUGUUGAAAUCAAAUCAAGUGGACUCGUGCGAUGUCUGGGCCAAAAAGGAUACUCGAUCAAUUUUACCAAUGAGAAGGAAAAUAUGCGAGUCCGUGAGUACAAUGACAUUA